AUGAGAGGAGAGGAGAGGAAACAUAGUUUCAAAAACCUAGCUAAUGAAAAGAAGAGGAGAUCAGGACCUCACUUACCGAACUCACUACUCAAGACCAUUGCUCAUGAGACACGUCCGUUACACUUUGGCGAUCGGGCAUGUUCGGCCGAUAUCGAUUCCGAUGACUGCGAUUUGUACGAGUACGAAGAAGGUGUGGCUGAAGAGGAAUCUAAGAAAAACCACCGUUAUGACCGCGUUAAUAACUACGAGUUUGAGCUUCCUGAGGACUUCGAGGAUGAAAACGUGGAGUCAGAAGAUGAUGAUGAUGAUGAUGAUAGACACAGACGGAUGUUGCAAGCCAUCACUGGAAUGCCAAGUGCAGCCUUUCAAGGAGAGAGUAAAAAAAAACAUGUACUCUUCACUGAACCAUAUCCAGAGUCUGAAUUUAAUCCUACCCGUGAUGUUCUGGAGGGCAAAUCCCUCAUCACAAUGGAAGACCUUUUAGAGCCUCUUCAAGGGAAACCUGGAUAUAGCCAACUAUCUGAGAGGGUCUUCCGGAUGCGAAAAGAUAUUCAAUCUCUUGUUCAUGCUCCUCUGCCAAUGCCAGAACAAGAAAGACUGGAACGGGGUGCAGUGAAAAGACUAGUUGACGAGGUGUUUAGUAAGUGGGUGUCCCAGGUAAAGAGGAAAAGAGAGGCAACAACUGUUUACUUUAACCAAGAUGUUAAUGUUGGUUACUCUACGGUUGGUGCAAUAGCAUCAAAAUUUCAGCCCAGGACUGAAUUUGAGAUGAAGAUGGCUUCUCUACUCGGUGAUCAUGAGAUUUGGGAGGCUGACAAAGAAGAUGGCGCUAUGCUUCUUGAAUUGAACGAGGCAAGUUUUGUAUCUAUGGAAGAUCACAUCAAGAAACACAACCACAUUGCUAAGAUGCGGAGCAUGCUCUUCCGUGUUGACUUGAAAAGUAAACGAAUCAAGAAGAUUAAGUCUAAAAUUUAUCAUCGCCUUAAAAACAAAGAUCUGAAGAAAUCGGGGGUUGGAGCAAUAAUGGACCCGGCAAUGGCCAAAGAAGAGGCUAAGAAGCAGGAGAUUAGACGAGUAGAGGAACGUAUGACUUUAAAGCACAAAAACACAGGAAGAUGGCCCAAGCGGAUGGUAAGGCUUGGACUGAAUAGGAAAUACGAUGGAACUCGGGCAGCUAUUUCUGAACAACUUCAGAUUAAUGCUACUUUGUCCAGAAAGAUGAACUCCAAAAAAGAUGAAAGUAGUAGUGAUGAGAGCGAUGCAGAGUUGGAUGAUGGUUCAGAUCAGGAUACUUGUAAAUUGAUAGCUAAAGCAAAGGAGAAGACACUGAAAGCUGUGGAAGAUGAUGAAGUGCCCAUUUCUGGUGCUAUGGCAUUACCUUUCAUGACUCGGGCUGUGGAAAAGAAAAACGAGGAAGCUAAAGAAGAAGCUAAACGUGCAGUUGAGGAGUAUGAAGAGUUGGGGAACUCCGUUGGAGCAGAAAACUCUAGAAAGUCCACUAAUGUUGGUGGUAGAAGAGUAUUUGGGGGAGAAACUCCAAAAGGAUCUAAAAAGGAAUCAGACAAUUUUUUUGAUAACAGUGGUAGUAGUGACAAUGAUACGGAAGAUAAUGAUUUAGAGGCUGUAAAAGAUAAUGCUUCACCUGCUAGAAACACUGAAACUAUUAUGGAAACAGAGGUACCAUUCGACAAAAAGGUUUCGAACCUUUAUAUCACAACGGAAUCGAGUGAUGAUGAUUCAGAGAGUGAAGCAGAGCAAAUGGUUGAUGGGAUUUUGAGAGGUUGUUCAAAGGGAACCAAAGAGAUCCCUUGUCAAGCAGAGCUUGUAAGUCGUGCUUUUGCUGGUGAUGAUGUUGUAGGUGAAUUCGACAAGGAUAAGCAAGAAGUACUAAAUCAGGAAGUUCCUGAACCCGAAAAACCAAUUCGAGUUCCUGGUUGGGGACAAUGGACCAGUAUCCAAAACAAGAGAGGUUUACCUCAAUGCAUGUUUAGAGAACACGAAGAUGACAAGAAAAGGAGAGAAGAAGCUCUCGAAAAAAGGAAGGACGGUCGUCUCAGACAUGUUAUCAUAUCAGAAAAAGUCUAUAAAAAGGCUGAGAAACUUCAUACAAAGAGUUUACCUUUCCCUUACACAUCCAAUGAAGUGUUCGAACAUAGUAUGCGUAUGCCUAUAGGCCCCGAGUUCAACCCCACAACUAUUGUUGGAGAUCUAAACCGACCUGAGGUUGUAAAGAAAGCUGGCGUGAUCAUUAAACCUGUCAAGUUUGAGGAAGUAGAUCCGAAUGAGACUGUGGAUGAAGAACACCCUCAUAGCCAUCAGAAACGGAAAAACAAAAAACCCAAAAAGGGGUAGCUAGCAAGUUAGACCACCAAUAGAAGUCAAAGCAAAAGUCAAGUCCAUGUCCAAGUAAAGGACCAAAGAUCUUGCAUUCUUAAACAUAUUAUUGUCUUAUUUAUAAAAGAGCAUUUUGUUGCUUUCAAAUCCUUGUUCAUCAAUCACCAUA